GAUUCAUUAGCAAAACGACCUCUCAUUCAAAAUUUUCAAAAAUUCCUGUCUGACAAAUCCAGCAUUCCCCGCGUGUGGGCGUAUUAUGUAAUGAGUAAAGUUCGUCAUUAAGUUAAUGACAAGUGAGUGAUGUAAGUGCACUUCGGUGAUAGUGCUGGACCCGUCUUCCGAGCAUGCAAAACUUGGAACCUCCCGAGGAUUCGGAUGGAGCCACUCGAUGCAAGUGAGUGAGUGGUCGUCAGAGCAGUGAAGCAGGUGAAUUUUCGCCAGUCCGAUGGAGACCCCCCUUUCCUUGCCCGCCCACGCUGGAGACCCCAUGCCCCCUUCGCCCCUCCUACGACACCGUCCCCAUGUCAAGCGGACCGGCCCCCCGAAAAAGGGCUCCGGGCCCCUCAGAAAGCUCGGCCACGAUACCCUCGUUAGGGGUAAUCUCACCAACCCCUCCGGCACCGGCGGCGGCGCGAUGUCGCACCACAGCGAUGACAACAUGCUCAUUGCGUCGAGCGACUCCUUCUGGGAGCCGGGCAACUACAAGCGCACCACGAAACGGAUAGAGGACGGAUACAAGCUCUGCACAGACCUCGGCACGCUCAUCCAGGAGCGGGCCGACAUCGAGAAGGCCUACGCAAAGAGCCUCAAAGGCUGGUCCAAAAAGUGGAACGAACUCAUAGAAAAAGGUCCAGAAUACGGCACGACGGAAGCAGCGUGGAAAGGGGUCCUGGUCGAGGCUGACCGACUCUGCGACCUUCAUCAAAGGGUCAAAGACGACCUUUGCAAUCAAGUCAUCCAACAAGUCAAAACCUGGCAAAAAGACGCUUAUCACAAGACAGUAUUACACAUCAAGGAAAGGAAGGAAAUGGAAGAUGCAUUUAAAAAAGCGCAGAAACCAUGGGGCAAACUGCUGCAAAAAGUCAACAAAGCCAAAAGCGAUUACCAUACAGCAUGCAAAACUGAGAAGUCAGCGUCGAAUCAAGAAAGAAAUGCAACGGGCGAUAGCUCUCUGUCCAUGGAUCAGAAAGGCAUUCCAUCCAGCGAUUCCUCACCCAACUCCCACCCUAAUAACUGGCAGAACACACUUCAUUCCUACGUAACUGCUCGCUCUUUCAACGUAAAAAAAAUGCAAGAUAGAGUACAGAAAUCUAAAGAAGAUGUGGCAAAAUGUCGAGAAAAGUACGAGCAAGCGCUGCAGGACUUAAACAGUUACAACCCUAAGUAUAUGGAAGACAUGUCACUUGUCUUUGAGAAGUGCCAAGAGAUGGAGGCCGAGCGGUUACAGUUCUUCAAGGAUACGCUCUUCACCAUCCACAAGUGUCUGAAUAUCUCGCAAGACCCAGUUUUACCGCAAAUAUAUGAAGAAUUCUAUCACACAAUAAAUAACGCAGAUCAUGAGAAAGAUUUGAAGUGGUGGUCAAAUAAUCAUGGUAUCAAUAUGGCAAUGAACUGGCCUGUCUUUGAGGACUACACGGAGGAAUUCCGGGAUAUUUCCAAGGGCAAGGUGAAAGAAUCCAUCCCAGCAGGAAGUAUCACCCUCAUCAACCAGCGACCUGUCGGUGAAGAUUUACCGCAUGACUACCCGCCGGUGAACCAGAAAAUAGUUCAAAAUAAGAAACAGUCAACGAAUCGAUCAGCAAACAACGAAAUAGCCAAUUCCAAGCGACCAGUCACCAACAAUUCAAUUAAAACUAAGUCUCCUAGUGAAACAAAUGGUACUGCAACCAACAACCGCAUUCCUCCAAUUACGAAUGGGUCGGGUGGCGGCUCGGGAGGAUCCGGCGGCUCAGGGAGUCGGGGCUCGGCGAGCGGGGCGGCGGAAUCGAACCCGUUUGAGGAGGACGAAUGGGAUGAGGAUGGGUCGGAGACGCUCGUAGACAACGGAGAACCUGGAGUUCCUGUUAGAGCACUCUACGACUAUGAAGGUGCUGAAUCCGAUGAACUUAGCUUCAAACAAGGGGAAACUUUUGAAAAACUAGAAGAUGAAGACGAACAAGGUUGGUGCAAAGGACGGAAAGAAGGGCGCGUCGGUCUGUAUCCAGCAAAUUAUGUUGAACCAGUUGCGUAAAAGCCCAUACCAUGUUGACAUGCUGUUGCCGUAGAUCAAGUUGUUUGUGAUGCGUGGUCGGAGCGGUGUCUGAAGUGGUGUUUGCAUUGCUCAACUAUCACUCUAAACCCGCAAGCGAAUAUCCAACGAGAGCAACCGAGGAUCGCCUUGCGUUCAGACCAAAAAUUCCAAGUUGCCAAAUCUCUAGUGAUUUUAAAUUUGUUGUUUCAUUCUUCAGGGUCUUUACGCACUCCUAGAGGAAAUUGCGCAAUCUUUGGCCCUUUCAGCUUGUGCAGAAGUAGUUCUUAGAGCUUCUGAUGAUGCUUAUGUUGUGAGAUUUCAGCAAGACUAUUGCAAGAAGGCACUAACUGACAAUCAUCAUUUCAUGUAUUGCCAUUCUUUUAAAUUAAUGGAAUGAAAAAUAAAAUUGUAAUCCUAGUUUUAAUUUAAUGCUAUUCCAAAGAAUAUUUUCCAAAACAAUUCUGAAUCAUAAGAGGUUGACUCAAGUAAUAAAUAUCCAGAUGGAUUCAAGAUAUUUCAGGAUUUCGGGAAGUACGUUCUUCCCCUCUGUGACAAAAGUAUUAGCUUCAGUCUGGGACCAAAACUGGGGAAUAUUGCAGGAACAAAUAACCGGUACCCAUUUUCAGGGCUGAAAAUUGCAACACAGGUUCUUACAAGAAUUUUUUCACAACAUAAAUGUGCAACAAAAACUGGGAUGCGAGUUAUCCGCAGGCAGGCAUUUUUGGGACUACCAUCUCAGAAUAUUUCUUUGUUACUUCCUUUUAAGCUACUAAUCCUUAUGCUUGCUCAAAAUACGACAGCUCUUAAUAGACAAUCACUUGCAAUGAACAAUCAAAUUUUAUUCAACGUACAUGUUUGAGUCUUGAAGUAUCAACAUUUUCUCCAUCAGUCCGUCGUAAUUGAAAAAAAAAAAUUACCAGCCACCUGUGAAUUUUCCAUGAAUCUAAAACCUCAAGACAUAAAUGGUAGUCAACUUUUGAAAACCAAAGCAAGCUCUUUAAUACUUUAUCAUGAAACAGACCACCUUCUUUUGCAUUUCUUGUUGUUGAACUAAUAUUUAUUAAUUUUUUGGUUGGAGACCAGACUGAGAACAAUUUAAAUGUUUUAAGAGCCUCUUGUACUUCUAUGAUUUAUAAUCUACGAAUGAUAUUCAACAGAAUUUUCGAAGAUAAAAGGGUGUCCAUCUUAUUUCUGGUAUCCAGAAUUAUCAGCUCCAGAAGUUGUUUUUGUUGAGAAUUUUUGCACUCUUGCAUUUCCACUUCGUUCUUGCUCUUCCGUUCGAAUAAGUCCAUGUAUUGAAAGUUUAUUUUUCCGGGUAUACGACGUCGCACGACGUGAAAUACCCAGUUGUUGCAUUAGUUAAAUUUGUUGUAUAAGAUUUUUAUUCACUGGGAGCCUUCGAAGCUCUCCCUCCUUUUUAAAUUGUUUUAACUUGUUUAGUCUUGUGUCAACUUUGUAAAAUUUACAUUAAUAAGUUCUAGGGUACAAAUGUGUAUUCAGCUAGUUUAUAUGUAUUUGUGUAGUUACAAAAUUUUAUUUAUAUUCGUUCGCAUUCAUGAACGUUAUUUUUAUGUAUUUAUUUAUCAUGUUAUUAUGUUUGUAACCAAAAAUUCUUUGAAUCAUAACCGUAUCAUCUGUACAUUUGCCUUACAAAAAUGGUGUAUUUGUUUCUACGACUGCCGCUGUGAAAGUGUUCAAGACAUUUGUACUUAUUUUCUGGACAAGCAGAAGACACUUAAGUGAGGUUAAGCUGUGUCAGUUGUGACUUCAAAUGAAAUUGCAAAUCCUUCCCUGAAUAAUUGCUUAAGGUGACUUUAUAUCAAUUGGAAAUAAAUAGAUUUGGAGAUAUGAAACAGAUUAGGCUAAAGUAUUGGUUUCACUUUCUAUAUUCAGCAAUAAAUAGAAUCACUCUGUUUACACAAUUCAGUUGUCUAUUUUAUGAAAUCUCAUUUGAAAGACCAGAAACUUUUAGUAUUCAAUAGCUUCGUAUCACAUCCUAUUAAUCAAACCGGAUAGUAAAUUUUUUACAACUGAAUACUUAAGGCGUUAAAUUUUGGUCUCCAAAUAAGAUUUUCAAAGAGCAGGAGGCUCUGAAUGUACUGAAUUUUGCAAUUAAGAACUCCUAUUUCUGGCUCAUUCAUGAAAGCACUCAUCUGCAUCAUGAAACUAACUGCACAUACGCUGUUUCUAAAAUGACCCAGAAGUAGAGAUACUUCUCAUCGCACAGUAUAAUCAAAAUGUACUUCUAGAGCCAGUGGUUCCUUUACUAAAUAUUUUAAGUGAAACCUACUGUCAAGCAAAAUGUGUUCAGUGUUUCAAAACAUUUUUCAUCUUGAUAUACAUUUAGCUUAAAGAUCCAUCAUUCAAUGACUUCAAAAUAUUUAACCCAAUAUGCUCGUGAGAAGCGGAAUGUAAUGAGAAUUUUCGAGUGACCUAUAAUUUGACAAAAUUUUCUUGUUUUUUUCUUAUUCAAACUUCAAUUAUAAGACUGCUAACGCCGAGAAAUACAUUUUCAGGAAAAUUAAAGAUGUCAAGUCUUGCUCACUUAAGCCUCCAUUGGAUACCAUAAAGUAGAAUGGAACUAUCUACAAAGGUAGUUUCGAAAAUAAAACGCAUGUACCAAAGCACUGAAAUGGACUAACAUGUUGUUUUUUUUAAAAUUUCCUCUGCAGGUAAAUCCACUCUACUGAAUGACAUCCCAUCAUGCUGUUGCCACACAUGUGUUUUGAACCAAGGAAUUGCCAUAAUGACAGAGCUGUGUUGUUGAACUUAAACUUAAUGUUUUUUUUUUGUAUGUAAUUUGUAAAUAAAUAGUGCACUCAAUUUUGGGGCCUUCUUUUAACUGCUCCUUAACUUCUCCGCUAGGAAAUCUUUUUACAUUUCUUGAGUCCAGAAGAAAUGGACCGUAAAACUACAAAAAUACGUUUCUCAAUUGCUGUUGCAAAAUUUCUGUAUCUGCGUUACUUUUCUGAAGGAAUGGUACUAGAAUUUUUGAAAACAAAAUCGUCUGAGAAUAUGACAAUGUAAAGAAAAAUAAAUAAAAAACUCGUGCAAAAAUGAUGAUUACAGUCAUCCUUCAGAAAUUCAAAUGUGAUAAGAAUUCUGCUAUGUUGCCAACUGAGAUAUGUGGUUUUAUAGUUUCACCAUAAAAAUGUGAUAUACUGCUAUUUAGGCCAUCAUAAAUUUUCUAUCUCUAAAUAGGACAAAAACGUGCCAAGAAAAGGAGCAUUCUCUGAGAAGACAAGAAGCCCAGUUUGCAAUACCGUUUAUGUUCUCUAGACUCUUCAAUUGUCUCUUUCACAAAAGAAUCCAAA